UACAGCUGGUUAGUAAAUCCCAAAGUUUACGCAGCUUUGGAAGGAAGGAGAGUUGUUAAUAUCAAAAGUGUCUUCUUCAAACGAUUUCUAAUGGCGAUGUUAAGACGCUUAACCACAAGAACAACAACUACCGCAGGUGCCAACCCUCCUAGAACGCUGCAAAAAUUUCAAAAUUGUAUUGCUUUCUUAAUUCCUAGUUGGCACAAUUUAACACAAAAGAAAUCCACUCAAGUAGAUGCAAUUGAUUGUUUCACCAAUGAAUUGGUCUUAAGAAGAUGUAAGAAGUGGGAAGAACUCAAAGAAAAUGUAUGUCAAAGUUUAAAUCAAAAGGAUUCUUCAGUUUCUUGUUCCACGACAAAUUUGCGAGAAAGUAUGCAUAUGAUGUCAAAAGCCAUAAAAACUGAUUUUGAAGCCCUGCGGUCGCCGAAACUAGUUCUUGAUAUACGAUCACUUUCACAAGCACAGCUAGAUAAUUUGCUCAUAUCAACAGUGGAGAUAAAAAACAAGUUAGAUUUUCUUUAUUUAGUACAACAAUGUAUACGAUGGCAAUAUUUGCCUUCUAAUGAGGUAUUGAUCGCUUCUCUCAAAUAUCUAAGCACUCUAUCAGCAGUACAGCAGAUUGAGUCUUUUUUGGAAAUUUGUAAACAACAAAAACACCCUUUGUUAGAAGCGUAUACAGACUUUGCUCCAUUUAAAGCAAUGGCUUUAUGGCGCCAUGGUCGAUCCGAUAUGGCACUAACAACUUUACAUCAAGGCUAUGACAAGGCAUUGCAAGCGUUACACCACCAAGCGUUACAUGGCCACCAUCAAGAACUUCUUCAACAUAUUCAAGGCUAUGACUCCAGUAAUUUAAUGGCAAGUAACGGUAAUGGCAAACGAAUGAUUCGAGCUGCUUUUCGUACAAUUAUUGAGGAAACCUUGAUAAAGAAAAGUGAAGCGGUGUUAGUCUCGUUAAUGGAAAUUGCUCAUGCAAUAUACAGUAAACACAACGAUAUUUUCGUAAUCGCUUGCGUAUGGAAACAAUGUUUCGCCAGUGAGUGGUUCUGCGAUCAGAAAUCUGCUACAGACUUAUUUGAAAGUAAUGUGGACUUGCAGCAACUAGUAGCAAAAAAAUCUGGUUCUUUAGUUACUUCCUUUUUAAGUCACAACAAUUUGGACGCGGUCCAUCGCAUUAUAGAGUUAUUUUUACAGUAUAAAGAACGGGAAGCAUGUUUCAAUUGUCUCAGCUUACUAUUUGGAUAUCAUCAUCAUCAUAAGGACUUGCGAGCUUGUGCAGAAAUUGUAAAAUCGUGCAACGAACUAAGUAUGCCUUUAAACGAAACGCAAAAUGAACAAUUUCUUUAUUUAUUCCUCAAUCAAGAAA